GAAACACACUUCAUACGUACGCGAACAUAAAACAAUUUGCGUCCGCCCAAAACGACACACUGAAGGCGAACUACAUAUUAAAAACUCUCUCGCUCUCCACACAAAAACUGGCAGACAUAUUCUUUUCGUUUUUCUUUUUCUUUUUUUAGUUAGUUUAGAUUGAUUUCAAGUGUGUAAAAAACUAUCUAUAUCUAUUCAAUGUGAUUGUGAAAAAGUGCAUGGAAUAUAUCCAAAAACAAUUACAGUUUACCAAACAGGCGAGAAAAGAAAAAAAAACACACACAAUGGACAACAUUUCGACCAUGUAGCGAGUGCUCUUAAUAAUCAAUUCGCACAAGGAACAGGGAAAAAAUAUGUAUUGAGCAAAGAGCAUAUAUUAUAUAUAAAAAAAAUAAUAAGAAGAAGUCGAGAUUUACACAGAGUACCAAGAAAGAAAGAUAAACUUCAAUUAGACCCACAUUUGUUGAAGGCGAACAAUAUCGAAACGAAUAUGAAAAAAGAAAAUUCAAGUGUUUUGUGUAAAAAUGGUGGCUACACGAAAAAAGUGAUAUAAAACUUCUAGUUUGCAACAUUCUUCUCUGUGAUUGGAAGGGAAAAAAACCUUCAUCGCUUCAACCGUAUGCAUUGUGGGCAACCGAACGAAAAAUUUAACCACAAUCACACCGAAACUUAUAAAGUUCGGUGUGCAGAGGAAACAGGUCUCAACUUAUUCAGAAUCACAGACUAAGUGGAUAAAAAGAAGAAGAAUUUUGCAGAAGUAAACGACCAACAGCAAUCAACGGCGUAAAAUCAGAAUCGUUCGAUGUAAAGAAACCAAAUUGGACAGAAUUUCAUUUUAUUGGCGCAUCGAUCUUAUCUCAUCAGAUAAACGAACGCAAAACAACAAAAAAUAAAUAAAGUUUGAAUGGGAAAAUCAAAAAGUUUCUUCACUGUUUCCAUGCGAAUCAAUCGAACUGUCAAUGUGCGACCGUUGUAAUGCAAACAUUUGGUGAAAAAGAACCGUUUAACAGUGAAUUAAAAGAGUGGUGCGCAACGAAACAAAAAAUAUUAUAAUAAAUAAAUACGCGCGCAAGCGAGAGAGAGAGGGAGAGAGAGAGAAAUAAAUGCAGUAGCAGAAAUUGUUUAAGUGUGUAUUGUUUGCCGAAGAUUAAAAAAAAGAAAGAGAAAAGAAAAGAAAAAUUAUCAAAAGAACAGCAACGGUGAUGGCGUCUUAUAUUUACAGUUGGACAAUACGAUAAAAUUUACGGUGUCGGCUUUCUCGAUGGUUUCUGUGCGUGUGCCGUGUGUGUGCUGUUUCUAUAUGUGCGUGGUAUAUGUGGUGUGAUUUUUUGUGGAAUUACUCGAUCAAUUCAUCAGGAGUUUUAUUUUCGUUCGCAUCAACAAUCCAAAAGAGUCAGAGUCAAAGGAAUUUGCAAACCGGUGCGCUUCAGAGAUAGAAGAAGAUCCAAGGAAUAAUAUAAGCCAGUCAACGCAUAGUUUUGUUUGUUGAAAAAGAAACAACAACAACUGACAACCAAUUUGAUCUGUAUGUAUACAGAUAAUAUACCAUUCAGCACGAAUAUACCAUACCGCGAUCGUGAAAUGAGUCGACAAACAAGUGGAGCGGCCGCGACCGGUGGUCGUACAGAGGUCAUACUGACAAGUAGCGGGGGUGGCGGUACAAAUCCGGCUGGUGCAACAGCAAAGUCUUCAAGUGGAUUGUAUCCCGUGACUAGGCAUUCAGUAAAUUCAUCCGGAAUGUUGAUGGUUGGACCAAAUUUUCGUGUGGGCAAGAAAAUUGGUUGUGGUAAUUUUGGUGAACUAAGACUAGGCAAAAAUCUCUACAACAAUGAGCACGUAGCAAUAAAAAUGGAGCCAAUGAAGUCAAAGGCUCCGCAACUACAUUUAGAGUAUAGAUUUUAUAAAUUAUUAGGAUCACACGCAGAGGGCAUACCGCGUGUAUAUCAUCUAGGCACAUGCGGCGGACGCUACAAUGCAAUGGUAUUAGAACUGUUGGGACCAUCGUUAGAAGAUUUAUUCAAUUUAUGUGGCAGAAAGUUUUCACUGAAGACUGUGAUAAUGAUAGCAAAGCAACUACUUCAUCGGAUUGAAUACGUGCAUAGUCGUCACUUAAUUUAUAGAGAUGUAAAACCGGAAAAUUUUCUCAUCGGUCGAACAUCAACCAGACGUGAUAAAAUUAUUCACAUAAUUGAUUUUGGGUUGGCCAAAGAAUACAUUGAUUUAGAUACUAAUAAGCAUAUACCAUAUCGGGAGCAUAAGUCGUUGACUGGUACAGCACGAUAUAUGUCGAUAAAUACGCAUAUGGGCCGAGAGCAAUCGCGAAGAGACGAUUUAGAAGCGCUGGGGCAUAUGUUUAUGUAUUUUCUAAGAGGUUCACUGCCAUGGCAAGGUCUCAAGGCUGAUACACUUAAGGAACGAUAUCAAAAAAUUGGUGAUACGAAACGAUCCACGCCGAUUGAGGUUUUAUGCGAAAAUCAUCCAGAAGAAUUUGCAACCUACCUUCGCUACGUUAGACGAUUAGAUUUUUUUGAAACACCUGACUACGACUAUUUAAGAAGACUGUUUCAAGAUCUCUUUGAUCGAAAGAAUUAUGUGGAUGAUGGUGAAUUCGAUUGGACUGGACGAACAAUGCCAAGCAAUUAUUACCAAUUGCGUCAAUUAAGGAAUGCUCCGCCAUCGAAUAUCGUAAAAAAUAAAUCAGAUAAGUCAACACCGGUAGGCUCUAUACAGACUGGACAUGAAGUAGUUGUUUCACCGAAUCGUGAUCGCCAUACAACCGCAAACAAGGAGCCUGAUUUCGUUGAUUUUUAUGAGGAUUAUUAUGAAGAUUUCUUCGCCGAUCAAGAUCUUUCAGUGUAUUUCCAGACAAACGCUAAGGGGGGAGUUGCUGCUGCAUGGCCAGAUGUUCAAAAAUCCGGAGCAACGCUUGGCAAUCUAACACCAGCCGAUCGACAUGGUUCUGUACAGGUUGUGAGCUCAACAAAUGGCGAGCUAAAUACCGACGAUCCAACCGCAGGACAAUCGAAUACUCCGAUAACGCAACAGCAAGAAGUGGAACUUGUCGACGAAUCAAAAAAUUAUUUUUCUAGAUGUUGUUGCUUUUUUAAGCGAAAAAAGAAGAAAUCGACACGUCAAAAAUGACUAGAAGCAGUGCAAUGUAGUCCAGAACGUGAAGCAGUAAAGUUAUUACGUGCCACCUCACACUCAAAUUCGCGGGACAGUGUGGUCAAUCAAAGCCAGGAUUUUGUACAGGCAUCGUCGCAACAUACACUACGUUAUCCAUCCGCGUCCGUAUUGACAACCACACCAACCAAUACACCAACACUUCCGCUGUGAAUUUAAACAACAACAACAAAAACAACAAAAAAUACAGAAAAAGUUCAACACAAAAAAAAUUAGAUGCUAUAAAUAUUGCUGUUGUCAUUUCGCCCGGCGGAAAACUACGGUUAUACUUUAGUGCGACAAAAAAAAAA